UCCAGGGCGCUUGCCGUAGCCACAUGAGCGCCCAAUGUUUUCAAGGAAUGUACAGUUGUGAAACCAUGCCGAUGACUGGCAAUAAAAGCAGGGGUCAUAACUCCACCAGUCAGGCACUGCGGACUCUUCUUAUCCUCUGCUGUCUUCUACAGUGUCACUCUAGGCCUCACAGUUAUGACAGUAAACCCCUUUCUGAAAUAUCCAGAGAGGUUUCUAAGUACUCUGACAUCGCUCAACAAAUCAUAAACCUGGCAGUAUAUGGAAAAGCCCAGAACCGUUCCUACGAGAGGCUAGCUGAGUUCACUGACACCAUUGGAAACAGAGUCAGUGGCUCUAAGAACCUAGACCUGGCCAUUAAGUACAUGUACAAUGCCCUUAGACAGGACGGACUGGAGAAUGUGCAUCUAGAGCCAGUGAAGAUCCCUCACUGGGUGCGGGGGGAGGAGAGUGCGGUGAUGCUUCUACCGAGAAACCACACUUUAGCCAUACUUGGGCUUGGUAGUAGUGUAGGAACUCCUCCAGGGGGUAUAGAGGCUGAGGUAAUCGUGGUGGACUCUUUUGAAGAGUUGAAGAAGCGAGCGAGUGAGGCUAAAGGGAAAAUCGUUGUGUAUAACCAGCCGUUUGUCAGCUAUGGGGAGACUGUAGCCUAUCGGGCCUCAGGGGCCUCAGAGGCUGCUAAAGUUGGAGCCGUUGCCUCUCUUAUCCGUUCAGUAACUCCAUUCUCCAUCAACAGUCCCCACACUGGCUGGCAGUGGUACCAGCCUGGAGUGGUUCAGAUCCCCACCGCCUGCAUCACUAUCGAGGAUGCCCAGAUGAUGGCCAGGAUGGCCCGCAGAGGUCAGAGGAUUGUGGUGCGUCUGACAAUGGCGGCCCAAACACUUCCAGAUGUUGACUCGUUCAACACUGUGGCUGAAAUCACAGGCAGCGAGCAUCCUGAACAGGUGGUGUUGCUCAGUGGUCACCUGGACAGCUGGGACGUGGGUCAGGGCGCUAUGGAUGAUGGAGGUGGAGUCGCCAUUUCCUGGGAGGCACUUUCUUUGAUCAGAGACUUAGGGCUGCGUCCUAAAAGAACACUGAGGACGGUGCUGUGGUCCGCAGAGGAGCCAGGCGGGGUGGGAGCUGCUCAGUACUUCCAACAGCACAAAGCAAACAUCUCAAACUUUGACCUGGUUAUGGAGUCUGAUCUAGGCACCUUCAGCCCUCUGGGACUGCAAUUCACUGGCAGCGACAAAGCUCGGGUAAUCAUGAAGGAGGUGAUGAAACUGUUGGCUGCCAUCAAUGUCACGUCGCUUGAAGAACACGGAGAGGGAACGGAUAUUAACAUGUGGAUGAAGGCUGGGGUUCCAGGCGCCAGCCUGCACACUGCAGACCAGCGGUACUUCUGGUUCCACCACAGCGAUGGUGAUACAAUGAGCGUCCAAAACCCAGAGGAGAUGAACCUGUGUUCCGCUGUUUGGGCUGUGGUGGCCUACGUGGUCGCUGACCUGGAGGAAAUGCUCCCCAGAUAGUGAGUCGCUCAUAAACGCCUGAACAAACCCCUGUCCAUCAGCUUACAGCAGCCGGUCGAUCAAACCGUUACCUUGAGAAUUCUCUAUCAGCCUGAUGGGUUUUUUUUGUGAUUUGACUUCAUCAUAACCUCAGAUACACUCCUGAUCACUCCACUGUCAUGUAGUAUGUCACUGCUACUUUGAUACAUGUGUAAUUUUCUUUUUUAAUUGUCUUAUUAUCAUUUUAUAAUGUGAAAGAGUUCCAAUUAUGUAAUUUCUAUUUGUAAUUUAUUUAUUGAUUUGACUCAUUUCUACACAUAAGCAGUUAAUAAUCUUAAAAUGUACAUUAAAAAACUGAAUAAAGAUCCAGCAUCCGUGA